UUCCUCGUCCUUGUACUCCUUUCUUCAAGGGCUUCUCAUCAGACAAGAGGCUAUGGCACUUUUUGGGCGCUGAGGACGUGGGCUGGAGCAGUCGCAGAGGAAAGGGGUGUCCAGAACAUGCCGGAUUCUCAAAAAUAGCUAAAAUCAAGACAACAAUGCAAAAUCCAACAUACUCUUCUGGGCCUAGAAAUGUCACCUGUCAUAAAGGGAAUAAUCCAGAGCAGAAGGCCAAGGUCACACACAAGCACAAAGGAAAGGGAAUUGUCAGGUGGCAUGGAGCUGUGUCCACUAAUCUUCCAAAGCAGAAUGUCCUCACCCCAACAGAAGAUUCAGCAAGUGAUUCUGAAUCAUUACUGGUUCCCAAUAAGAAGAAGAAAAGUUUUGGCCAGAAAAUGAAGGCAGUGCUGGGGAAAGUGGUAUCAGCCAAGGCUAGUAAUCCGAAACAAACCAAAGCCCAGAGUCCUGGAACUGGCUGCUCUCCUGGGAAGGAUUCACCAAUUUCUCCAACACAAAUCCGCCUCACUAAAAUCAUGAAACAUCUCCCACUUCCAAGGGAAAUACCUAAGGGCCUUACACAGGGCACCUCUCAUCCUGCAACUCUCCAACUGGAUAUUAAUGUUGUAGAAGCAGAGAGUCAAAGGCUCACAGCAGACAGUGUGGUUGUGCGUUCAAGAAGGAUGACCAGACGUGUGUCAGUGACUUCGGUUCCAAGUGGACUGCAGAAGGGCCCUUAUCAACCUAAGAAGAAGCAUUUUGCAUUUGCCAAAAAGUCAAGAAAACCUGUGGAAAAAGUCAGAUACCAUCCAGGCUUCACAGUGGGGAAUCUCCAGAUGCAGGUGGAUGAUCUUAUUGAAACCAUUGCAGAGAAAUCAACAAAGCUGUUGGAGCAGAGGCACGAGGAGCUGCGGCAGUGCGAGUCCCUGGGAGAUGAGAUCCUACAGUCCUCCAAGCAGUUCCAGCGGGUUACCAAGAAAACCACACGGAAAUACAGAUUGAGGGACAUGUGUUUUCCUUGUAUCUGCUGCUGGUGCUGCUGCGAGGGCAGGUAACAGACCCAGGCUCAGAUGCAGGAGAGUUGCAGCCUGUCGCACAUUGCAAUAAAAGCGCAACAAUCGCAGAACUACUUUCUCCAAAGUAAAUUCCUUCUGGGAAUCAAUUGUGUCUGGCACUUUAUUAAGUGAGACGUGUCUCUGAACUAGGUAGAGAUAGGAAAACACUGUCACACUACUCAUGGCUCAUGUGGUGUGUCUGAUAAUUAAACUAAUUUCUAGCUACAGGUAUUGGGUACUGGAUACAUUUCUAAUGUAUAUAAGUGCAGCAAUGGUUGUUAAUAGGCUUGUAAAUCCUGGACUACUUUUUGCACUGGCUUACUCCGUUGUGCUUGAUUCAGAGGAAGCUCCUUACCAACUAACCUUCCUCUUUACAGUGGUUGCUGAGAUAUUUGCAGUUUUAGAAUAAGAAUGUUUCAGUUCUACAACUCAAAGGUCAGACUGUAUGACUUUUAGGGGAAGAUUUAUCAAAGGUCGAGGUG